AUGUCCGCACCACAAAUUCCCAACCUCAACACUCUCCGUCGCAGAGGAGGUCCAGGUCGACUCCGAUCUCGCGGCGGCGGAGUCGGCCCCGACGCAUCAUCAGCCUCCAAAGACAGCGUGGUGCAAAACACAGAUAACGACGCCAGUGUGUCGCGGUUGAGCGCAGUGCGAUUGGGAUAUCUUGAGGAUGUAUUUGCGCAGUCAUUGACACCUGCUGGGUUGGAGACGAGGAGGUUUCCUAUUAUCAAUAGAGGAACGUACGUUCGAACGACUGCGAUUGAUCAUCUUGUUUCUCGGUUUGUCGAGUCGCAUCCGGAACAGCAUACGAAGAGACAAAUUAUUUCGCUAGGGGCGGGCACAGAUACACGUGCUUUUCGAUUGUUUUCCUCUAAGACGGCGACACAUUCUGAUCUGAUAUAUCAUGAGAUCGACUUCCCUGUGAACACAGCAGCCAAGAUCAGGGCUAUCCGCUCAUCACCCGCUCUACAAGGAGCAUUGAGGAACGACUCGAGCCCCGGGAUAUCAAACGACGUGAACAUCUCAGACACAGGGGACGCGCUCCAUUCACCCCGCUACCACAUCCACCCCCUCGACCUACGCUCGUUAUCUAGGUCCACACCAGAUCCAAUAACCACAUUGCAAGACCUCGAUCCAACCCUCCCAACCCUCCUCAUCUCCGAAUGCUGCCUCAUCUACCUCCCUCCCGACCAAGCGGACUCCGUCGUCCACCACUUCACGACUACCAUCUUCCCACCCACCACACCUCUAGGCUUGUUAAUCUACGAGCCCAUCCGCCCCGACGACCCCUUCGGCCGGACAAUGGUAUCCAACCUCGCGACGCGGGGUAUCCACCUGCAAACGCUGAAUAAGUACGCUAGCUUGGAUGCGCAGCGGAGGAGACUACGAGAGCAGGGGUUCGAGGGGGGCCAAGCGGCUGCUGAUAUCGACUUUAUAUGGGAGCGGUGGGUGAGUGAGGAGGAGAAGGAGAGAGUUGCGAGUUUGGAGAUGUUGGAUGAGAUGGAGGAGUGGAGGUUGUUGGCGGGGCAUUAUUGUGUUGCUUGGGGUUGGAGGGGGGAUGUGUUUCAUUGUUGGGGAGGUAUUGAAGGGCAGGAAUAG